CUCGUAUUAUCGACGUGGUAAUGCUCUUGGCCUUGGUUCCAGAACAUCUGCGUCACGGGUCCCGCCUUGGCCGGAAUACUAGGGGCCGGUUGCCGGGGAGUCCAGGGCGGAACAUCCGCUAAAAUGGGAAAUUCCAGGUUAUCGGUCCGCAUCCGGUGUGGCUACCUGCCCCCUCAUUCGCUCCUUCCAACUGGGCCGUUACAGUUGCAGCAACGAUUCAUUGACUCUCUUGGGCUCUUUGUACUCUUGUCCUCGUCACUCCAUCUUUUUUCCUCUCUUCAGCUCCGUCUCUCGCAAUAACAAGGCAAAAAGAAAGAUUCGGGUCGGUCGGUCUUUUUGUUCCACUCGCUCAACUUGUUUGUUCCUGUUCCUUGCGCUUCUGCAACUCUCUCGUUUCAACUGCAAAUUAUAUCUCGCCGAUUGAUCCACCUUCUUCCAAGGUGAUCCCCUUGAGGCGGCACGCCCGCUGCUGGCAUCAUCGAUCCUCUUGGCACUGCCUGCUCUCGAGUUGUUGCAGCACCUUAUCGCUAUCUUUAUCAGUGUCACUCUGCUUGAACCUGCCUGCUCCUCCGCCUGGAUCCAGAUUUAGUAUCCAACCACUAUCCACAAUGCAGAACUACCACGGGGAUCCCUACGAGAGCGAACCGCUCGACUCUCAUAAUCGCUACGAUUCCUCUCCCCGAAGACCCAUCCCUCCUCCCCAUAGUUAUUCACCUUCGGCUGCCCACUACGACGCUCCCCCGAGAUCAAACCACCCAAGCGCACAUCCCGAUUCUUCAUACAGCCGUGUUCAAGGUGGCUACGACGACUAUUCUUCUCACGGUCGCCCAGUUUCGCCUUCGCCGUACGCAGGAUCCGCUGGAUACGACAGUCCUCGACGACCAUCGCCUCAACAAAACGACCACGGUUAUUACGGCAACCAAGGCUAUAAUAACUACGGAGGUGGCGGCGGCGGACACAUGGGGUAUGAUCACCCAAACUCCCAUACAACACCGGGCGCAGACAAUUUUGGAAUGUCUGCAUCUGGUGGUAUGGCAGGAAUUGCUGUUAACGUUGCUGACCGUAAUCCUCGCUAUAGCGGCAUAGGCGCAAUGGAACACUCCAACUUGCCCCCGCCUCCGUCGCGGACUCAGCAAAACCCGUACGGCGGAAACGGAGGCUACGGUCACGGUUACGAUUCGCCUCGUGGGCCACCAUCGGCAGCGACAUCUCACUUCAACGGUAGCGAUCCCUACAUCGAUAACCCAUACCCCGGAUAUACGAAUUCGCGGCACGGCAGCGACAAUCUCGGCGUAGUGAAUCCUAAUGAGAUCGUUGACGAUGGAGACGACGGACUUGUGUAUGGAAAGAGCCAAAGGAACUCAAUGCUUAGCCUUUCCAAUUCCGACCGCGCGAAGAGGGGUGCUUCUGCAACCGCUGCUGCGGUUGGAGGUGGUGCGGCUGCUGGCGGCCUUUUGGGUGGACGAGGCGGAAGCUACGAGAUGAAUGGGGCACGGGAAAAGCCUUACGGUUAUGGCUCAGACGAUAAGGACACUGGGAGGAGUAAGAGGUGCAAGUGGCUCAUCAUCGUCGUUGUGUUCCUCGUCAUCGUUGGCGCUAUUGUCGGUGGUGUCGUUGGUAGCAUGGUGAAUAAUGGCAAGAAAGACGACAGCACAGCGAGUUCGGGAGAGUCAGCUAAGGACGACACGAAGAAGAACGGCGAUCUUGGCAAAAACAGUGCCGAGAUCAAGGAUCUUCUCAACAAUCCCGACCUCCACAGAGUCUUUUCUGGCAUGGACUACACCCCUCUCAACUCGCAGUAUCCCGACUGUAUGCAUAACCCACCUUCUCAGAACAACAUCACUCGCGACGUCGCCGUGUUGGGUCAGCUUACCAACAAGAUUCGACUGUACGGAACCGAUUGCAACCAGACGCAGAUGUUGAUUCAUGCUCUCGACCGAUUGGAACUCAAGGAUACCAAGAUCUGGAUGGGUGUUUGGCUUGACAAGAACGAGACAACCAACGAUCGACAGAUGGCACAAAUGUGGGACAUCCUGGAUGAGUAUGGUGAUGCUCCUUUUGAGGGCAUCAUCAUUGCCAACGAAAUUCUCUUCCGUGAGGAGAUGAACAUCACCACAUUGGCCAAGAUCUUGGACGACACCCGCACGAAGCUCGACAAGAAGGGCCUCAAGCUCCCUGUUGCUACCUCCGAUUUGGGCGACGACUGGACAUCUGAGCUUGCUACGGACAGUGACUAUAUCAUGGCCAACAUCCAUCCCUUCUUCGCCGGAGUUGAGGCAUCCGAGGCUGCCGCUUGGACUUCCAACUUCUGGAAGACCAACAACGGAGAUUUCUGGAAGACGGACACGAAGAAGAACAUCAUUUCGGAAACAGGCUGGCCUACCGGAGGUGGCACCAACUGUGGCUCAGCCGCAACAUGUACCAAAGGAUCAGUUGCUGGUAUUGACGAGCUCAACACCUUCAUGGAUGAUUGGGUUUGCCAGUCUCUCAAGAACGGUACCAACUACUUCUGGUUUGAGGCAUUUGACGAGCCUUGGAAGGAGAGGUACAACACCAAGGGCAAGAACUGGGAGGACAAGUGGGGUCUGUUGACAGCGGAUCGUGAGCUCAAGAAGGGAGUCAAGAUUCCCGACUGCGACGGCAAGACGAUCCAGGACUACAGCAUGUUUUCUUCAUAAAUGACUCGAUGCAUUCACGACAUUGCUCAGCGACGAUUGAUGUCUGAGUUUAUGUCAGCUCUGCGGAUGCGAGGGCAUGUAUUGGAUAUAACCAUCAUCACCUCAACACUCAGCAUUUAAUGUCUUAUCACGGACCGGAGUUACGGAGUAUUAGGGAAAACAGGUAAAAUGUUAUGCCCUUUGUAUGUUUUUUUUUUGUUUCAGAUACGCCUGGCACGAUUGCUUUUUUGUAGACGAUGGAAAUAUUAGGCUGGCUUAUUGUAACGAUUCGCCUUGCGAGAGUAUAUAGUUGAUGGAGGAACGGCUAGGACAAACAAUAUAGGUAUUGGCUCAACGAUUGAUGCGCG